AUGGAGGCGGAGGAGGGGAAGACGGGGAAUCCACGGUGCUUCCUGGACAUCGCCAUCGGCGGGGAGGUGGAAGGGAGGGUGGUUGUUGAGCUCCUCGCCAACGUGGUGCCCCGCACGGCCGAGAACUUCCGGGCUCUCUGCACCGGCGAGAAGGGCGUGGGGCCCAACACCGGGGUCCCCCUCCACUUUAAGGUUUCCUUCUUUCCAUGCUGCAGUCAGUGCGAGCACACGGCUCGGAUGCGCUUCUUUUUCGUCGCGUUUUUCUGUCGAUGUUUUGGCUUCUUCGUUAUUUCUCUUUGGUUACUCUGAUUCACUGCCGCUUGCUCUUCGCCUGGUUUUACGUGAUUUUUUGAACUCUGACGUCCUCUUCUUUCCAUGCCCAUGAGUUAUUGAUGCUGCAUCUAUAAUUUCUGCGGUUUGAAGGUUUGGCAUUAUGGUCUUGUUUGACAGCCAUCGUCUUCUCUGAACUACGCUCUUUCCAUUUCGUGUCAUUAGCAAUGCAAUCCUCGGGAGUUGUGAUGAAGUUUCUUUCAGAUGUUGGAAUGGCUGGAGAAUUCUUGAACGCGUCUGUGAUCGCAUUUUGAAUGUCUCAGCGAACACUGUCUGUUCAGUUGUGGUGGAUUAGGACCAGGAGUUCGCGGAGUUCUCUUUCUCGCUCCUUUUUUUUGGGUAAUGUUUAUAGUUGGUUCUUUUUUCCCCACCUUUGGGCUGGUGAUAUGGUUCUAGCGAUACCACGGUUUAUGUAGUUGCCUCGUAGCCCAUAGGAAAUUAAACAUGUAGUUCCUAGGUCAAAAAACUGAGCCUUGGUUUUUUUCACAUUUAACUAGGGUUAAAUAACCAACACUCAGACACUUUUUCUUUGUAAUUUUCCUGUCAUCACUCCUUUAGAUGAUUUUAAGUCAUUAGAUUGUUAUUAUUUAUAUAUUUUCAUUAAGGUGAUGAUUUAUCAUGAUCAACCUUACUUGUGUGCUGGUUCAUUUCGGCAAAUGGAUUUGUAGAAGCAUGUAACCACUUCGCUUUCUUUUAUGCAACAUUUUUCUAGAUUUAUUUGCUAAGAGAAAAUGUCUUAUUGCAGGGUUCGCGUUUUCAUCGUGUUAUCAAAGGUUUUAUGAUACAAGGUGGUGAUAUUUCUGCUGGGGAUGGAACUGGAGGGGAAUCAAUAUAUGGCUUGAAGUUUGAGGAUGAGAAUUUUGAGCUGAAGCAUGAACGCAAAGGCAUUUUAUCCAUGGCUAAUUCGGGCCUUAACACUAAUGGGUCUCAGUUCUUUAUAACUACUACUAGAACGUCCCAUCUCGAUGGCAAGCAUGUCGUAUUUGGGAAGGUGAUCAAAGGGAUGGGUGUUGUGCGGUCAGUUGAGCACACUCCCACCGCAGAUGGUGAUGCUCCAACAGUUGAUGUCACUAUUGUGGAUUGUGGGGAAAUUCCUGAAGGGGAAGAUGAUGGAAUUAUAAAUUUUUUCAAAGAUGGUGAUAUGUACCCUGAUUGGCCAACUGAUCUUGACGAGAAGCCUGUUGAAGUUUCAUGGUGGAUGAAUGCUGUGGACUCGGCCAAAACAUAUGGCAAUGAAUGCUACAAGGUUGAAAUUUAA